CCCAACUACCACCGGGUGAGCGCUGUGACCUCGGGGCCGAGCAGGGUCUGGAAAUUAGGGUCUUGCAGCUCUUGGACUGGCUGGGGAGGAGUCUGGGCUGCGGAUGGCAGCGGUGGCGGUUCUGGAAGGUACAGUGCCCGCAAUGACGGCCCAGCCAUCCGGCAAGCCCGGGGCUGGGGGCAGGGAACUGUCCCAAGAAGAGAAACUGCAGCUUCGAAAGGAGAAAAAACAGCAGAAGAAGAAGCGAAAGGAAGACAAAGGGUCAGAACCUGAAUCUGGACCUGCCAUACCCCCUGGCCAGUGCCAAGGAGGCCCACCGAGAGAGGUUCCAGGCCCUGGUGGUCAGUUGGGAUCUAUAGGGGAGAAAAUCCCAGGUGGCCGCAGUAAAGCAGAACUUCGAGCUGAGCGUAGAGCCAAGCAGGAAGCAGAACGGGCCCUAAAGCAAGGGCGAAAAGGGGAGCCAACUGGAUCAUCUGUUCCGUCCCGCCCUAAUACGGCUGGAGAAACCCCCUUAGGAGUAAAACAUCCUCCCGAGCAUGCUCAGGUGGAUGAGGCCACAGCUUUGAAAAGACUUGUUAAGAAACCAGAGAGGCAGCAGGUUCCCUCUCGAAAGGAUUAUGGCUCCAAAGUCAGCCUCUUCUCUCACCUGCACCAAUAUAGCCGCCGUAUUCCUCUAACCCAGUAUAUGAACAUCCCAUCCUCUGUGAUCCACCCAGCUGUGGUGCGACUUGGCCUGCAGUACUCCCAGGGCCUAAUAAGUGGCUCCAAUGCCAGAUGCAUCGCCCUGCUUCGUGCCUUCCAGCAGGUGAUUCAAGAUUAUACCACACCUCCUAAUGAAGAGCUUUCCAGAGACCUGGUUAAUAAGCUUAAACCCUGCAUCAGCUUUCUGACUCAGUGUCGGCCACUCUCAGCCAGCAUGUGCAAUGCCAUUAAGUUCCUUACAAAAGAGAUCACUGCAGUGAGCAGCAGCCAACGAGAGGAAGAGGCAAAAUCAGAACUCCGAGCAGCCAUGGACCGGUAUGUGCAAGAGAAGAUUGUAUUGGCAGCUCAGGCAAUUUACCGCUCAGCCUAUGAGAAGAUCAGUAAUGGAGAUGUGAUCCUUGUGUAUGGAUGUUCAUCCCUAGUAUCCUUUAUUCUUCGGGAAGCUUGGGCUAAUGGCCGACGAUUUCGGGUGGUCGUGGUGGAUAGCCGGCCACGACUUGAGGGACGGCGUACGCUGCACUGUUUGGUCCGUGCCGGGGUACCUGCCUCCUAUUUGAUGAUUCCUGCAGCUUCCUAUGUGCUCCCUGAGGUGUCUAAGGUGCUAUUAGGGGCUCAUGCACUCCUGGCCAAUGGGUCUGUGAUGUCACGGGUUGGGACGGCGCAGCUAGCCCUGGUGGCUCGUGCUUAUAACGUACCUGUUUUGGUCUGCUGUGAGACCUACAAGUUCUGUGAGCGUGUACAAACUGAUGCCUUUGUUUCAAAUGAGCUUGAUGACCCCGAUGAUCUGCUCUGUGAACGAGGAGACCGUGUGGUAUUGGAUAAUUGGCAGAAGCACCAAUCUCUGCGUCUCCUGAAUCUGGUGUAUGAUGUGACCCCUCCAGAAUUGGUGGACCUGGUGAUCACUGAGCUAGGAAUGAUUCCUUGCAGUUCUGUGCCUGUUGUCUUACGAGUCAAGAGUGGUGACCAGUGAGGCAUGGGGUGGCCAGGAUUAAUAAAUGAUAUCCUCAUUCCCCCUA